CUAAAACCCAAACAAACGAUCGGUGUUUUUCAAGUCGGUUAGAAUAAAUUUGUGUGCCGUAGUUUCACCAGGUUUUAUUUUGAAAAAUAAAUCGGAUAAAAGUGAAUUAACAUUUUCAAGCAUUUCAGAUAUUAUUUUUUUGGAUUGUUUAUAAUUAUAAAUAUAAGAGUUAACUCUUGAAGGGCGCUAAAAAAGAGAGAAUUGAUUGAGAACCACACAAUAUCAUCGAAGAGUGUCAACAAUAUCAAUACGAAAAUGUCUUAUUAUUACCAACAUGCUGUUGAUCGCACUGUGUCAUUGCUCAUGAAUAAACAGUAUCCAGAGCGUGAAAUGGUGCUAGAGGAUGACGUGAUAGUUUUAACAAAGGUGGACAUCAGUUGCACCAAUAAUCCAGGUGAAAUGGAAGAUAGCGAUGAAGAUAGCGAGAAUGAACUGAUGCAGGUUUAUAUAAACGAGUCGGACCUUGAGCUUCUAGAUGAUGAUGACGAUGAUAUCGAUGAAUUUAUCGAUGAUAGGCCUGAAAAUGAAUUGUCCGAAAAUAGUGAUGACAGCGGAGAAGAAGACAAAGAAUAUGAUAGCGAUUUGCAAAAUGGAAACGACAGCGAAGGUGAAAGUGAAGACGAAAGUGAGCCUGAGAAUGGGCCUGACAGCAACAAUGGAAACGGUGAAGAAAAUGAAAGUAACAGUGAUAGUGAUAGUGAUGAUGAACCUAUUCAAAGUCCUCGGAAGAAAUCCAAAGUGGAUAUUUUCAAAGAAGACAGCUCAUCUGAAUCCAGUAAUGAAGGCAAUGACAAUGAUAGGCCAAGUUGUAACUCCGACAGUCUGACGGAAUCUAGUAAUGUUGAAAAUGAAGCGGAUAAUGUUGGUGAUUCAACUGAUCCAAGAGGAUUAAACAGUUUUCCUGGAACAUCCUGGAUGGAAAAAAGCAACGGAAAAAGUGUGCAAAAGAAACAUGUCAAUAAAUUCGCUGUUUUCUUACUACCGAAAAUCGAUAGAAAAUUAACCUGCCUACGAUAUCAUGGACGAAUUGGAAUGAAAGGCAUAAAGGGACAUUGCGGUAAAAUGUCAAAAACCAAAUUUUGCAAUCUAAUCAAUAAAAAACGGAAUACAUACGGAUUUACACGUUUAAAUCUUAUGUAUGCAAAUGCUCGACACCUGGAAUGUCGUAAAGCGGAAUCCGCAUUGGAAAAACCGGUUAGAAAGCUGUUAAUUCAUUUAAUUGAUCAAUGGUUUCCGCUUGGAAUACCGCAAUUAUUGCAUUUGAACCGUGCCGUAGAUUUACUUGAGUGCUUGAAAAAGAAAAUUGGCGAAAAUAAGAUGCCACACUCGAAAUAUUCAAAUAAAUUCUAUGCACUGAUUCCACAUCAGGGUGAUAAUCAACGUCGUGAACGAUUCAAAACAAUUGAGCAUUGUGAUAAUAAAAUAAAAUACGUGAAUAAAAUGCAAUCAGCGAUCGAAUGUCUAACUGAAGCCGAAUAUAUGCGCCAAUAUCAACCAUUUUAUUGUAUGUCGAUUGAACAGGUCCAUAACGAUCCAUGUAGUAAUGCCGGAUAA